AAUUUGGCGAGGAGUGAGCCAAUCGUUAUUAAUUCAAUACUGGCCAAAUUUCAUGCAGGGUAUUUCAGAAUAAGCUUAUCUCUAGGUAGCCAAGUUUUGUUAUGGAAGACACUAAAUGGACCAAGCAAUGACACAAGUAUUCUACGUCACGCGCUUCACAUCCUUCAUCCAACGCCUUUUCUCGUACUAUGGUCUCUGGCUCUGUUUAUACUUGUUUUACUAUCUCUGCUUUACCUCUUGAAAUGCUUGUUUCACUUUAACACAGUGAAGACAGAGUUCUUGCACAACGUAGGGGUCAACUACCUAUUCGCUCCAUGGAUUUCUUGGCUUCUUUUGCUUCAAUCUGCACCAUUCAUAGCUCCAAAAACCUUCCCCUAUUUAGUCCUUUGGUGGGUUUUUGUGAUUCCUCUGGUGGUGCUUGAUGUAAAAAUCUAUGGCCAAUGGUUCACAAAGGGCAAGAAGUUCUUACCAACCGUGGCAAAUCCAACUAGCCAAUUAUCAGUCAUCGGAAACUUGGUUGGAGCUCAAGCUGCUGCGUACAUGGGGUGGCAAGAAACCUCUAUUUUCUUGUUUUCCUUAGGCAUAGUGCACUAUUUAGUGCUUUUUGUGACUCUUUAUCAGCGAUUUUCGGGUGGGAUUCAGCUGCCACGGAUGUUGAGUCCAGUCUUCUUUUUGUACUUUGCAGCACCGAGUGUGGCGAGCUUGGCUUGGGAGUCCAUAGCUGGGGCUUUUGAUAUUGCUUCAAAGAUGCUAUUCUUCCUCUCGCUCUUCCUCUUUACGUCUCUGGUCUUCAGGCCCAACCUUUUCAAGAGAUCAAUGAGAAAAUUCAACGUGGCAUGGUGGGCUUACUCAUUCCCGUUGACUGUCCUUGCUCUAGCUUCCACAGAAUAUGCACAAGAAGUGAAAGGGAGCAUUGCACACAUCCUGAUGCUUCUUCUAUUGGCAAUAUCUGUUUUAGUUUUACCUGGUCUUAUGGUAUUCACUUUGUUCAACACUAAGAUGCUCUUAUCUGACAACGAUCCAAUUGUUAAUCUGCUUAAUCAUUUACCAAGAGUAGUGUGA